CGGUGGUUACCACAGCAACCAGUAUCUGACCGCUCAUCCGCUUUUUCUGUUGCCGUCUGUAACUCUGGUAUUAGCUCAGUGUUUUCAUUACAAGUACUAUAUUUAACACAUUUUUCACAAAUCUAAUCAUAUACAGUGUUUUAUGUGGGAAGAAGUUGCUGGACGGAUGUUAACCACCAACUGGAUUUCCUCUUUUGUAAGGGCCGUAGCAUGGGGUGAUGAGGACUCUCCUCGGCUGACCUCGGUGCAGAUGACUAGGGAUGGCCACAGCAUCACCUCAGCAUUUUUUGGACGACGUGAUAAAUAAUGGACAGCAGGAGCAGCAAGGAUUCCUGAGCUCUUGGGAGACCAUUUUUCUCACCAUCUUCCUUUCCGUCAUCAUUAUUUUGACUGUGUUUGGCAACCUGUUGGUUAUGGUUGCUCUCUGCAAGGACAGGCACCUGAGGCGAAAAAAGACCAGCUUCUUCAUCGUCUCUCUGGCGUUCGCUGACCUGCUGGUUGCGCUGUUUGUGAUGCCCCUUGCUGCCAUCGAGCUAACCACCGGCCAGUGGCACUUUGGAGAAAUUUUCUGCCUGGUGCGAACCUCUCUGGAUGUUUUAUUGACCACAGCAUCCAUCCUUCACCUCUGCUGCAUUGCACUGGACAGAUACUACGCCAUCUGCUGCCAGCCGCUGGUCUACAGAUCUAAGAUGACCCCAGUCCGAGUGGCACUUAUGCUCAUCGGUUGCUGGGUCAUCCCCACAUUUAUCUCCUUCCUACCCAUCAUGCAAAAGUGGAACACUAUUGGGAUAGAGAACAUUAUUGAAGAGAAACAAUCCCUUUCGGGAGGCUCCAACACAAGUUGUGUGUUUCUGGUCAACCAGCCAUACGCCUUGAUCUGCUCUGCCGUUGCCUUCUACAUACCCCUGGCCCUCAUGGUUUUGGCCUAUCACCGCAUCUAUGUCACCGCCAUGGUCCACGUCAGGCAGAUAGAGACUCUGCAACGUGCCGGCUCCGUCCCGAUUACAUGUUCGGACCACGUCUUAACCAUACGGUCUUCCACCUCCUCGGGUCCGCUGAAUCACUACGGCCUGAGGACAGCGACUGUGUCCUUGUCCUCAGAACAGGCUCAAGGAAGACACAGACGCAUGCGCAUUGAGACGAGGGCAGCAAAGACACUGGCGAUCAUAAUGGGCUGCUUCUCCCUGUGCUGGGCGCCAUUUUUCAUCACGAACGUGGUGGACCCCUUCAUUAAUUACUCUGUACCCUGGCAGGUGUGGACAGCCUGGCUGUGGCUGGGAUACAUUAACUCAGGACUGAACCCCUUCCUGUACGCCUACCUGAACCAGGCUUUUCGAAGGGCGUUCCUGGCGAUUCUCUGCUGCGGAGACGAACGUUACACUCAGCAGGGGAUCUGCUCCAAUGGGCUCAGCAGGGCCUCCGUCCCGUCGGUCAAUGGGACCUCCAUGGCUCUGAGGUAAAACACAGGAAAAAAAACAACACCACCACCACAUUUAAAGAUUCUGGGUUCCAGCUGUACUCAGAGUUGGAAAAGUCCUACUUCCCAGUCAGAAAAUUAUAUUGCGUAGCCUUCCAAAGUUGAAUUUGCGUUUCAUUAUGGUCGCAUCUCACAUGAACAGCAGUAAGACGUAGUGGAAACGUGUGCAUUUUACAAGACACGCAUAUAAAAGUGAAUCUAAAAUCAAUGUUGCCUGCAGCCCCUGAAACUCUAAACUGAACAAAUUGAAAGUUGUGUUUGCUUACUGAAGCAAAGCUUAAAAUUAUGUUUGUAAGAGUCAUUGCGAACAAUGUUUGUAGGUGUCACCGUGUUGAAUUUCCGACUUCUUGACUAAAACAGUUACCUUGGAUCCGGCAGUGAAUCCAGUUCCAAGUUCCCAAUUCCCAGAUAACUGGAACGCAGCAUGAGGCUGCAUUUCUGAAAUAUAAUUGCACAUCAA